UACCCGCGGAAGUUGGUUUGUAGAGUAAGGUGAGGACGGGAUGUUUGUGUGAAAGAGUGUGAAACACGUCGACACUUUUCUCUAGUUUUACUGGACGGGUUGACAUUUUGUUGCAGAAACAGAGGAACGGUAAGAACCUGCUGGAGAAAAAUGUUGGAGUGUGGCAUGCUGGAGCAGGACAGACGGGCUCUUCGGAGGCGCUCUGCUACUCUCUGCAAAGAGCUGGUGGUGGAUGCACUGCUCAUUCAAUCCUUACAGGCAGAUGACAUCCUAACUGAGAGCAUGGCAGAGAGCAUCAUGGCUGAGCAAACAUCUCAGAAACGAAGCUGGCGCUUACUACUACUCUUACCAAAGCGUGGGCCCAGAGCCUUUAGCAGCUUCCUCUCAGCUCUGCGAGAAACCGAGCAGCAGCACCUGUGUGACCUGUUCACACAAUCGCCAGAAAAAGAUGGCACACCUGUAGAGCGCAUUCGGCCUGAGGAAGAGCCAGAGGGAAUUGCAGGGCGACAAGUCAUGCAGACAACUGAAAAGAAGAGAGAGAGGUUUUCAGACUCUCCUCUUCCGCUUCCAACUCAAGAAGGAAUUGCUGCCAAGAGAAUGAGGACACAUGCAGAAUCCAUGGAGUACAGUCUGGAUGCAGACAGUCCCAUCAACAGUCCUGUGCUCCCAUGCACUCCUGACUUUUACCUCUCUCACUGCCAGCAGUCUUACAGAAUGAAUUCAUCCCCUCGUGGUUUUGCUUUGGUGAUCAGUAACGUGACCUUCGAUCCUUGUGCUGCACCUGACCUUGACCCAAGGAAGGGAGGUGAGGUGGAUGACGAGGUCCUCAGGAAGGUCUUCACAGAGCUGGACUACCUGGUUACAGUCCACAGAGACCUCACUGCUCAGGGUAUGAGGACAUGCAUUGAGACCUUUUGCCGUCGGCCAGACCACCGGACAGUGGACAGCUGUGUGGUGUGUCUACUCUCCCACGGAGUGGAAGGAGCUAUAUAUGGUACAGACGGACAGCUGCUGCAGCUGGAUUGGGUGUUUGAAUCCUUCGACAAUGCACACUGUCCCCUGCUACAGAACAAGCCAAAGAUGUUUUUUAUCCAGGCCUGCAGAGGAGAGGAAAUGGACUGUGGAGUGGAGCAGAUAGAUGGGCCAGCAAGGACCUGCUCGCCAGGCUGUGAACAGCGGGAUGCUGGAAGGGAAGGACAGGGGGAUGCGAACUCCAGACACAGAGAGGACAUGGGGAGGCCCAGGAUUAAACUGCCCCAGCGGUCGGACAUGAUCUGUGGCUUUGCGUCUCUUAAAGGUCAGAAAAUUUGCACAGCAGCCAUGCGGAACACCAAGAGAGGAUCCUGGUACAUCCAGGAACUCAACACCACACUGCGUCUCCACGCCAGAGACAUGCACCUUGCAGACAUCAUGGUGCAGGUCAAUGGGAAAAUUAAGGAGCGUGAGGGUUACGCUCCUGGCACCGCCCACCAUCGCUGCAAAGAGAUGUCGGAGUUCACCAGCUCGUUGUGCAAAGACCUCUACCUUUUCCCCAAGUACCAGCCCCAGUAUUGACAUGCAAAUAUGCACAAAGACCGAUCAACACACACACAGGACCAUUCCUUGCAGCGAAACCUCUCAAUAAGUUCACACAACGGCUCAUUCCACUCCAAUUACUGCCACACACUCACACACAUUCCUCUGGUACAACUUCACGUCCAAACAGAGGAUUUAUUCAUUCAUAUUUUCUGUGUAAAUACUGCCUCCUCAGACAUGAACAAACACACGCACGUGCAUACACACAAACACAAAUCUUGGAAAGGAAAAAAGGAGCGAGCUUACUUUAAUCUACAUGUACUCUGAAAUGGGCGUAUUAGCAUACAACCUACUCAUGUAUCUGUGUCUAUGCCAGUUAGAGGGUUUAGUUGAUAAUCCUUUUUAGUCGAAGACAGAAUCGUAUUUUGUUUUCUUACCGCACAGCUACUUUGAGGUUCCACUUUCUCUUUUUAAGAUGUAUUUUGUACACAGAUCUAUUUUUGUGGCUUUAUUUUGUAUGAAAAUUGUUUUUAUAAGGAUUUUUAAGCUCAUUCUCUUAUUUGUAUAUAAUGUCUGUUGUAAGUUGUGAAAAUUUCUUGUUUUUAGUGUGGCGACAGGCAGGGGGCAGCACAGCAGAGACAAAUGCAUUUCAUGUCUCUGUUUCAUCAACUUUACAUAUAUUUCCGGCUCAAAAUGAUCUUUACUGUCAUGAUUUCAGACAGCUAUUACUCUAGGUGUAGUCAGCUACAGCGAUGAUUAAAUGAUAAAGUCUCUGCAGGAGGUUUUAACCUGGUCUUGUUAGAGAAGUGUUUUUCUCACAUAGUUUGCCUUAUGAAGAAGAACAGAACCUACAGGGCAGCUUUGAAACAAGACCUUGAAUGGUUUCAUUUAUUUUUUCGCUCUCCUUUGUGGACAUUCAAUCAGGAAAAUUCAGCUUUUCAACCUUGAAUUUUUAUAAAGUGCACCCACUGCUAAUUUCACUCCAUAUUAGCUGUGUUACAUCAGAUCUGUGUCCCUGUCAGGGUGGUGGGCCGCCAGGGGAAUGUGGUGCUACUUGUGGGGUCUUACGCCUACCGUGUGAACUCUGACCUUUAUGCUAACUCUGACUCCUUACAGUGUUUCUCCCUGUGCGGGAGCUGCACAUGUAGUUAGUCGCCCUACUGUUUUUUGUGUGUUUUUGUACUGUAUGUGAUACAGUAAGGAUGUAUUUUGUCUUCCAUAAACAAUAUGCAGUUUUCUACAGCAGCCUGUGCCAUGUGAUGAUGAUCUGUUAGAUGAAUUUAUGACCGUGGAGCUCUCAGAGUGUAUUGUAUAUCUCUUUGGCAGCCCCCCUCGUAGAGAAAUCCAAGGCUGUGGCAGCAUUGAUGUUUCCAGGAAAAGCCCUGAUCAGGCAAAGUGUGUUUUGUUACAACAGUGUUGUAGUGAAGAAAACAGAGUAUAUGGUCGAAACAGUAUUGAUUGUUAACAGAGAUGCUUUCAAGCUGUGUGUGUGAGGUGCUCGGGGGAGAGUAUACCCUGGUCUGGAAGGCACUCGCCCUUCUUAUCCUUUGUGUUACAGUAAUUAUAAAAAUGACACGUUGGAGUAGUAUAAAAGGGUAGCUCUCCUGCUGGGUGAGACGUUUUGAAGGUUGAUAUUUGCUGCCAAGCUCGGCUGAGGUGCAGUGAUGGGGGGGAGCUGGGAGAUAUUUUAUUUCUGUCAACACCAAUGACUGCCAAAUGUUCUAUACAAUAAACAGGCCGUGGUUUUUAAACAAGA